AAAUAACAACAACACUUCCUACGCGACAGAGCCAAGCAAGCCAAAUGCACAUAAAGUAAAUACUCAUUAUUGAGGUGUUAUUUGUUGCCAAUAAUUAUAUAUAUUGCUGUUGAUAUUGUUGCUUGGCUGAUACGUAAAUCAAGGUGAGCAUCUACAUCUAGAUCAACCAGCCAUCCUGGCAAAGUGCCACUGGUACAAAGCAUCCAGAUCAACCAGCCAAUCCUGGAAAGGUGCCAUCGGUACAAAGCAUCCAGAUCAACCAGCUAUCCUGGAAAGGUGCCAUCAGUACAAAUCAUCUAGAUCAACCAGCUAUCCUGGAAAGGUGACAUCGGUACAGAGCAUCCAGGCCAUCCGUCCUGGAAAUGUGAUACUACAAUAGUCCCAGUUCUCUGCCAUCCACUCUUUCGGUCAUGGGCCUGAAGCUUACCGACUGUAAUGUAUGGUGGAACUGUUUGAAUCCGUAUGCUGAUUAAGGUUGCAGACUAGAAUUGGAAAGUUAAUAAUGAAAUGCUGAUCAUAAAUUGAAGGGCAGACAGUUGUAGGAUGAGAAGAAUUUCAUCACUUGUUCUCAUUCUCAUCGUUGGUGCUCUCUUCCUCAUGCUUCAGAUGUUCAUUAUUCAUAAACUUCUUGAAAGGAACAAAUCUGAGGUACUGACUGUGAAUAGCCAGGCACCAGUGCAGUAUAGAGCUGUUAGUCUGUUUAUGUCAGUGGUGAAUGAAUUAUAUGCUCCGGUGUUUUUGGUUGAGCCAUCAUUAUUGACUGCCAUUAUGCAGAAAAGACUUGGAAACCUGAAGAAGAAACAUGACUGUGAAUUUUUAUGCACAAGUCGAAACAAAACAACAUUUGCAGCUGUAGGGCAUCUACUUGUGCAAAAGGAAGAGUUACUGAGUUCCUUAGAAAAUCGAGGUUUUAAGAUUCUGAAGACAGAAGGACCAGAUCCACAAGUGACAUCACACCACCACACUACAUCAAACCUUGUCCCAUAUCAUUACCUCUUGAAGUAUCAAAACCACUUAAUUCACCUAGUUCUCUUCUAUGAAAGGAGCAGUUUAUAUUUCUGGAAAGCACCACUUAAGUUACCGGAAUUGAGCAGUCUUAACCUACAAGAAAUUUAUCUUCAAAAUGGCACAUUUGCAAGCCCAUAUUCGGCAGCUAUCAAAAAGGCUGAGGUAACAGAAAUUAAAAUUGAUGGUAUUUUCCUGAAAGUUCCAAAACGGCCGAAUCAAUUCCUAACAAGUCUUAAAAAUUCAAAGUUCCUGGAGUGUAAUUACCAGCAAGCUGAGGAGUUUUAUAGGGCGUAUCCAAAAGAUGAGUCAUUGGUAGCACUUGAUUUUAAAAGUAAAGCAGUUCAGGUGAUAUCUCAAGGACAAAAGAUUUUGGAUGAGUUAGGGGUUCCAUUUUGGCUCAGUAGUGGUACUUGCUUGGGCUGGUUCAGGGAGUGCAAUAUCAUACCACACAGUAAAGAUGUUGAUUUUGGUAUCUGGGUGGUUGAUUACAAGCAAAGUAUAAUAAGUGCAUUUGAGAUGAAUGGUUGGAUGUUGAAACAUAUUCUAGGAAAGGUUGAAGAUAGUUUUGAAUUAUCAUUUCUUCACAACAACGGUUUAAAACUUGACCUGUUCUUCUUUUACGAAGAGAAAGAUCAUGUUUGGAAUGGUGGUACUGAUGUGUAUACUGCAGCAAAAUACAAGUAUAGUUUUCCGAAGUUCAGUUUGUGUUGGACUGAGUUUCAAUCAAUGCUUGUACGAGUCCCUUGUGAGACCCAACCAUAUAUUGAAGCUAACUAUGGUAAAUAUUGGAGAAAGAAAGUUGAGGAAUGGGACUGGAAGAGCAGCCCACCAAAUGUUAGAGAGAAUGGACAUUGGCUGGAAGAAGAAUACCAAGAUGUUAUACAAGUGUUCUAAAUUCUGACAUGUGGUUGUCUCCGGACUAAUGGUGCUGCCAAAAAGGCCAGUUUUAAGAAAAUAAAAUACUUUACAUGUGUGCAUUAUACUGAAGAAAAGGUAUACUGAUCUCGCAGGAGUGUCUCGGCUACCUUCCGCUAUCCAACCAACUAAUCAAAAUGACACGUGAACUUCCAAGGUGUUUUAAUGUAUUCACUGCAAAUCUCAGUGUUGAUUUUCAACCAAAAACUUUUGUAAGUCCUUGCUUUAACAGGUUAACUGUAAACAUCAACAUGGAAACAUUAUUAUAGUGCCCUCAAUUGAUAUAUGUGCAAAAACUCGAAAUAAGCUGUCAACUGAUGUGAUCUGUAUGGUAGAUUUAUUCAAUUUUUCUCAUUUAAUUCUGCAAUAACAGCCAUAAUAAACAAGCUUCACAUCAGUAUUUGCUAAUAUCAUUAGCAUUUACAUAACCAAUUUCAAAAUAUUUAACCGAGGAAUCAUAAUAUACAUUAUAAUCAUCUUUAAUCAUGAUAGAUAUAUUUAAAAAUGUUGAUCAAUCACAAUAACAAUGAAUUUAAUUGUGUCAACAAAAAAACUGAUUUCGCACAUUUUCAAAUUUACAAAUUGUGCAUUCCCUGCUUAGCAAUAUUUUCGGGUUAGCAACACUUUCUGGUUAAAUUAAUACAUGUAACAUACGUUUCCAGAAUUUCUUUAGCCAAGCCUACAGAAAUCGCACAUUUAUUGAGAUUUCUACCAGGCCCUGAAUUUAACCAACAUAUUAAACGUGGUACAUAAUCUUGGCAUUAUUAAUCUCUCUACCGACAUAGGGCGCAACGUUUACGUAACACUAAAAACUUCUUUCCAGAUUAAGUCCCUAAUAUUUUGAGCAUUACCCCAUUGUUUUGUUGAUGUAUGCAAGAGUAUUGUGGUCUGUAAACACUUCCAUUUUUGCUCUGAUCAAAUACUCCUGCAUUUCUCUGCUACUGCCCACUUUACCUUGCUAGGCUAGUCAGGCUAAAAAUAAUUUAUUUCAUUAUAAAAAAACCAAGAAUCUUGUCCAUUUUAUCGUAAAAUGAACACGUCGUUUACCCACACCCACUCUAAUUACUGGGGUUUUUUUGUUGUUCUGUACUUUUUUCAGAUACUCAAUGCAAUUAUUCAUGUGUACAAUGAACAGCAAUACUUUCCCAUCCCCGGGCAUUAUACUUCAUGCCUUCGAAUCCCUGCUUAUGUUCUUUUUCACCCCAAAUCGAUAUUAGCGCUAUAAUUCUCCACGCGUCCAGUUUCACUUUCUUUUUCCGACAUCUUGUUGUGUUGCUUGGCUGUCCGCCUUCCUUCUUUUGCUUCGGUCUUUUUCUGCUGUAUUUCGGUUGUUUUGUGAUGGAAGUGGCUUGUAAGGGUCGCUUGUAAUUACUAAAAAUGCACAUAGUUUUGACAGACGGCAUUUGCACAGCGGAAGUAAAGGUCAAGAUGUAGCACCCUCAUUAUUUGCUUUUCACAGCCUCAGAAGUCUUACCGCGACUGGGGUGAAACUUUCCAGAAAAGUCAGACAGCGGUAAGAUUUCUUCUACCAUGGUCUCGGUAAUAUUUUUACCAAAGUAAGUCCAGUGCGAAUGAGGCUUAAUUCUAACAGUUCUAUCUUGAAACUUGAGUAGGCUGGGUAUGCCUUUUCUACCUUUUUGAAGAUAUGUCAAGAACUGGCCAUCAUGAAGCCUUUGAUGGGUUACCGGUGAGCGCAUGCGGAAGUGCAAUCUGAGGGAUGCCUUUUACGAACUGUAGAUAAUAAGAGGCGUGCCCAAGAAAGGACUGAAGUUUAGUUGCUGUCUUUGUGGUUGGCCAUUGUUUAAUGGAUCUAACCUUCUCUGGGUCUAUAGAGAUGCCUUUAGCUGUUACUGCAUGACCGGUGAAUGAAGUAAAAUAUUGUGCUCCUCUAGUGUUUCCUCGAUCGGUGAAGGGGAAACGAGUCCCUGAUAGUCUUGCGAUUAAACUGCUUAUAGUCUAUACACAUGCGCAGUGUACCAUCUCUUUUCCUGACUGGGACAAUGGGGCUGGCAUACGGG